UCAAGAAUCGCGCACAGAUGUUUGAAGCAUGAUCGCUGUUCGUAGAUGAGACCUCGCCUAUACUGUAGUAAUCUCGUUUCACAAAGCGACUUCAACUGUCUAACGGCCAUUGUGAAGUAUGUGUUAAAGUAUAGGAGAAACGUCAGCAAGGUUUGCAGGGAAACGUCAGCUUUGUGACAGCACUUGCGUGGAUCCUUUUAAAAAUCGGGAUGUCCCGUAUGAAAUAUAAGCUGUUUCGUAUGCUUGGACUAGUGUUAAUCUUCAUAACGACCAGUGUUAUAUUCACUGGCUGGACGCAUUACUCGGGAGAGAGUUUUUUAAGGACACAAACAAGUGGAGGCUAUAAGCCGUGUAGGAAACUCAUGACGAGUCAAGGGAGUAUGGCGUUCGUGGAGGAACUUCUCCACGAUAAUGUAACCUACGACCUCGGACUUCUGCCUUCAUGGUCCGCCUCAAGGAUAUAUCUGGAUAAGAACGGCUCUAUCCAUCUGGGAGAUGUGUUUACCGUCACAGUCCGCCUGUAUGACGGUUACAACAGGCCAAUGUACCGUGGAGGUGACAUGCUGGCAAUAAUGAUGCAGAACUAUAGCUAUGGAGCUGGUUCAGUUGGUCACGUGGUCGACCACCACAACGGAAGCUAUACCGGCAUCCUCCGCGCCUUGUGGACCGGAAGUGUGGCUAUAUCUGUGCGGAUACUCUACCCUCGUGAAGCUCUUUCGACGUAUCUGAAGCACAUGGGUCCAUAUAGUCCCGGAAAAACCAUUAUGUGUGUCUUCCAGAAUGACAACGCAAGAAGCGAGACGUUUGGGUAUCCUUCUGUGGAGCCCUUUAGGGGGAUACCUUUCUGUAAUAUGACGUCGGAGAACUACGGACUUGCUUGGUACUGCGUCAAGCCGAACAAUCCUUUAGUUUGCCACGAUUGGGUACAAUUCACCAGCCAACCAAACAACGACACCCAAUGGACGAAUAAGAAAAUAAAGGAUUUCUAUUUGAUGGCCAAGAGGGCGCGGAGAAUUCGAGAUACAAUAUCUGUAAUAAUUUUAGGACGUCCGGGAACCACAAUGGCGACUGCAGCAGAGACACUGUGUACUUCACCAGACAUCUCGGAGACGUGGACCCAGCCCUACACUUCCGGCUUCUUCUACAGGAGGGAGUGGUACAGCAUGGCCUGCUCGGUGAAGAUUGAUGAACACUCAUUACGGAAGUGUCUUUCCAACCGACGCCUUCACAUCCUCGGGGAUUCCACCGUCCGUCAGUUCUUCUCCAAUCUCUACGAGAGACUGAACAUGACAAUGGUCACGGAGAAAUGGACAGUCAGAACAUGGCACCGAUACACCGAGAGUCAGAACAGGGACAUGAAGUUCACUAUGAGCUGGGCCCCUCAUGAACUGCCCUUAUAUUACAAUGGCAACCGAGCAUCCGCAAGACCCUUGUAUGUGAACAUCGAUGAUAUACCCAGUGGCUCAAAUGAUAUAGUUAUCAUACAUAUAUAUGUGCACUUCCGGUUUCACCAUCCGAGCGUGUUCAGGGAGAGUAUUCGGCGCGCUGCUCAAGCCACCAGGAGGCUGAUGCGGCGGUCUCCAAGGGCUGUAGUGGGAAUCAAGGGAACUCACUACUUCCGCUUCUCCAAAGACGAGAUCGACGCUGGGUUUGGUCUGGUGUAUGAUGCUAUAAUAAGGGAAGAGUUCAGUGAUAUGUUCUCCAGAGUGAUUUUGAUAAAUGAGUGGGACCUCAUCUUGGCCUCUGACAUUCUGGUGCUACAUCCACCAGCAUGGUUGGUUAAGCUCCUCGUGGACAGCUUUCUGGGCUAUGCGUGUUCUUUAUAGACAAUGGGUGGUUGGGAAGCCUAGUGGUUAAUCGUUCGCUCGUCACGCUGGUUCGAUUCCCGACAUGGGUGCAAUGUGUGAAGCCCAUUUGUGGUGUCCCCCGCCAUGAUAUUGCUGGAAUAUUACUAAAAGCGUAAAACCAUACUAACUCACCCUUGAUAGACGGACAAAUGUAGUUAAUAUUUUCAAGAUUAUAUUCACGUCUUUUAUCGCACACAAGAACGGCCAAGAUAGACGGAGAUAAACUUUCAAACUGUUGUGACAUAUUUUUUCUGUGGCUGGCGUGAAAUCCCUGGUCGUCAACGGAAGUAUUAAGCUGUGAUAAACUGUCAUACCUGACUAUAAUAUGUUGUAAGUGUUUUUCUACCAUGGUACUGAAGAAUGUUUUGUUCUGAUUGGUCAAAAUAAACAUUAAACCAGAUAUCCACUUUUGUUAGGUACCUCAAUAUUAACAAGCAUUUUUACACAAAACGUGGGCGUUAAUACUACGAUCUUUUGACAAACCGCAACAACGGUUGCCGAUCAGAAGUAUAUAGUUCGAUCAAUUGUAGUUAAGUAAGCCUCGGUAUUCAAAGGAGACUUGUAUGUGGAGUAAGAUGGUAGCUUCGGGUUACAGGUAACAGAUGUUACCCGCUCUUGCAUAUCGACAUCCAUUAUACGUUGUUUGAAUUCCGAUAAGAAUACGCCUUUAUCCCCAACAUCUUGCAUUACCCAUGUGUAACCGAAUUCUUAUUCAAAUAAAAUAUCCUUUACGUGAGUGAUGCUAGAUACACUGUCAAGUCCAAAUAAGAUAAUAUAAGUUUGCUUAGGAAGUCUGUUAUCAUUCAUUAAGCUUUGUGACAAAAGUGGUGUAACCUUCAUAUACCUUGCUAUUCAAGGCCUACUGGUGAGGCCGUUAGGCAUUCUGCAUAGCCGUUGGUAGCAUGAGGUCAUUUCUAGUCCAUUACUAGUUGUUUGAUACCAGUUAACUUCCUGUACUUCAUACUUUAGUAGGGAUCACAGGUGGCCAGUCGUCUAAGGCGCCACGAUUCGCUGUGCAGAGUUGCGUCCCCUGGGCACGCCAGAAACCUAUGAUUGUGGAUUCGAAUCCCGGUU